CGUACACACAACGGUACCUGGUAUAUCACGUGAUCAAGAUCAUUGUUCCUCUCAGCUCACGAAAACAUACAACCUGACCUAUCAUAUAACUGCGGAUCGAAGAUAAUAAGACUUCUCGUCAAUUCCUUUCAAGUAUUCAGCCACGAAAAGCACGACCAACAAUUAUGACUUCGCGGCCUAGAAAAAGAGUUUCAGCGGCCUCUGAUAACAUUGUGGUUGAUGACGAAGCUCCUCCUAACAAAAAGUCUAGGACCAAUGCUUCACGCUUCUCGAAUUCGACUGGCCCCCAUAACCCCCAUGGAAUUUACACCAGAAAAGAAGACUCAAAUGGAGAUAGCUACUGGGAAAUCUCAAAAAUGCGUCGCAUCACAAUAUCCUCGUUUCGGGGCAAAACCAUGGUCAACAUCAGGGAAUAUUAUGAGAAGGAUGGAGAAGAGCUUCCCGGGAAAAAGGGUAUUUCACUCCCAAUCGAUCAAUUUUCCGCCCUGUUGACUCUCCUACCUGACAUCGAAACUGCUUUGCAAGAGAAGGGGGUAUCGAUUCCUCGACCAGAUUAUGUCGAGUUAAGUACAAACACUGGUAAUAAUGGAGAGAAGGGCUUGACUGACGACCUUCCGGGGGCUCGGCCCUCGCGAAUGAAUAUUGAAGCCACGAGUGACGAGGAUGAAAGCGAAGAAUAGGGUUUACAAAGCGAAACUGGAUGGGAGGUAUAAUUUUACUGUAAUUUGAAUUCCGCUCCAGUUUAUUCCAUGCAGUAACAGAGGCGCAAGCUGAUUAUUUGCUCUUACCUGUUUCUUAUCUUUAUACGUUGUUUUCCUUCAAUUUAAAGCCAACUAUACCAUCUAAUUACUUGACCAUCCACCCGGGAUAGCGCUGCAUCGAAUGGGGUUCACUUUAGCCAAGGUUCCCAUAGGCUGCUCUACCUCUAGUAAGAAAUGUCGGGCCCCAUCAACAGAUGAAUGAUUCAUAAUGAAGAUUGUCUAGGGAUCUACUUAGGCUGCGAACACUGCACUACUGUAUUCCUAGAUCGACAAUUUUCAUUGAUUGUUGCCAAGCUGUU